GCAAUUGAACUAAAGGACCGCAGGCAGCUGUACACGAGCAUCCUCUAUUCUCCACACGCGCCCACAUCACACAGUCAAUGGAUUACACCUUCUCUCUCCAAGUGCAACACCAUCUGACCGUGUACCCAACGCAUUUAUACGAGGACUACAGUUUAGAGUUACAGAUGAAGUCAACAGAGGUGGAUCAAGGCCUUUUCACAGACAGUUACUGCAAAGUGUGCAGCGCUCAGCUCAUCUCAGAGUCACAGAGAGUGGCACAUUAUGAGAGCCGGAAACAUGCAAACAAAGUUCGUCUGUAUUAUAUGUUGCAUCCAGUAGACGGGGGAUGUCCGGCUAAGAAGCUCAGAACAGAUGACGGGAGUGAGGAGGGAGAUGUGGAUAAAAACAAGUGCUGUACACUGUGUAACAUGUCCUUUACUUCAGCGGUGGUAGCGCAGUCUCAUUACCAAGGCAAGAUCCAUGCUAAGAGGCUCAAACUUCUGCUGGGGGAACAGCCUGCCAUAACAGCUAAAGAGGUGCCACCUAGUCCAGUGAAGACACCCUCCUCAGAAACCUCACCUUUGAGCUCAACCCGUCAGCACCGGGAUUCUGAUCGCUACUGUCAGCUGUGCAAUGCUUGGUUCAACAAUCCUGGAAUGGCACAGCAACACUACGAUGGAAAAAAGCACAAGAAGAACGCAGCACGUGCAGAACUGCUGGAACAAUUAGGGAAGACUUUAGACAUGGGAGAGAUGAAAGGUCUAAAACGCUGCUACACAUGUGAUGUCUGCAGUGUCACACUGAAUUCAGUGGCACAGUAUCAUGCACACCUGCAGGGCUCCAAGCACCAAAACAACCUAAAAAAUCAGCUGUAUGUCCAGUGAACCAAUAGGAAAAACAAGAUGAUUGGAUUGAUGUCAGACAAGCUGUGAUCAGCUUGCCCAGGAUUUUCUGCCUCUAUUCUGUCCUCCCUUUCUCUCCUUCUUUUACUCUGUUGUCUUACUCUCAACUUGACUGCAAAAGAAGAUUGAGGAUCCUCUUAAAGUCAGCCUUUAGUCAUCCCGAACCCUUCCUCCCAGCCUCCACUACAGCAGCUGUCUUCCUCAGGCUCUGAAUCUCUGGAAGAGAGGUGACUUCAUCCAGUGACACCCAUCUGGUACUUAUUCUGUUAUCACACCAGAGGUUUAUAUAGCUAAUCUCAGUCAGUUGUUGUGUGCAUGACUGAAUACUGUAUUUGUUGUCACUUUCUCAGCUAAGCAAUAUUUGUCCAAAAUCUGCCAAAUUUAUAGUUAAAAUCAUAGCAAAAAAUAACAUAAAACGAGAAUGCACUCUAUAGAAACUUGUCCACAUUUAUUUUUUUAUGUCUCUCAUUCUUAAUGCACUAUUUGUUGUUUGUGUGCAAACAAUACACAUUAUACAAAUACCUAUGUGUUUUUGGCCCGAAAAUAUGGGCAUUUUGGGCAGGGUUCUAUGAAAACAAAAUUUAUUAAAUGUGUUUGUUGUAUGUAUGUGUGGUCUGUAGAUAGCUGUUGAAUGUAACUGAAUGGGCAUUUGAGAAUAUUUGUAAGCUAAUGUGAACCUAUUCAAAUUUCUGGUCUGGUUUUUAUUACAUUUUUGACGUUUUGAACAGAAUGAAGUUAUAAAUGUCUUCAGAAGAAGAUCGGAAAACAAAGAUCAAGCAGCUAAUCCUUCAUACAGUUGUCCGUCAGUUAUUUUACAUGCCUGUUUCCUUUUACAUGUCA